AUGGCUCUAAAGCGCAUCCACAAGGAGCUCCUCGACAUGAACCGAGACCCCCCACCCCAGUGCUCGGCAGGUCCGGUGGGGGACGACAUGUUCCACUGGCAAGCGACCAUCAUGGGGCCAAACGACAGCCCCUACCAGGGAGGGGUCUUCUUCCUCUCGAUCCAAUUUCCCACCGACUACCCAUUCAGACCGCCCAAGAUCGCCUUCACUACCAGAAUUUACCAUCCUAACAUUAACAGAAAUGGUAGUAUUUGUUUGGAUAUUCUGCGGUCUGAGUGGUCGCCAGCACUCACCAUCUCAAAAGUGCUGUUAUCCAUCUGCUCUAUGCUGUGCGACCCCAACCCAGACGAUCCUUUGGUUCCCGAAAUUGCGAAGAUCUACAAGAAGGACAGGAAGAAGUAUGACAGAAUAGCUCGGGAAUGGACUCAGAAAUAUGCGAUGUAACUUUAAAAUAAAAACUAAGGUCAUCGCCUUAAUAACACCUUAAUAAUAAAGAUGAGGAAAUAGCAGUUGAACUGGUUGGCUUUUGACUCUUUUCUACGAAGUGCCAUUGUCUCGCUUUUCUUUCUGAGCGUGUGCUCGCCUUUCAUAUCAGGGUUUGUGGGUGUGAGAUACAGAGACCAAUUUUAACCUAGUAUAGGGUUGCUGUGAGUCCGAAUCGACUGGACGGCAACGGGUUAGAGUUGGAAAACAAGUGAGAACAAAGAGGGGGUCGCGUAGGAGGAGGACAGUAGUUGCCCCGUCAGGUGUAUUUAUUUUUUUUUCAGUGUGGAGUCUUUUAGAACUAACAACAGUUAUGAAAACCUAGGUAAAUAUUACAAAGCUAGUUAAGUAUUUAUUUCAUUCUGAAGAACUUAUGUCUUCAAGGUUUUUUUUUUUCCUCUACUUUUUACCAAGAAGAUUAAAAUUAAUGCAUAUCUUCUAUUUUAAGUUUAAGGCUUAAGUGGCCAAAAAUGAAAUACAUUAGGAGUUGUAAGAAAAUAAACUGUGAUGUGUUUUGCUCCUGUUUUUUCUCUACU